UUCAACAACUAUUAGAAUAAAUUAAAAUAAAAAUUAUUUACUUGAGUUCAAUACAUCGUACUUAUCUAUUAUAUAGUUAAUCGAAUGAGUUAACAUGCAAACAUUGUUUUUUUCUUUUUGUUGCGGUAUGGUUGUUUUUCUUUUGGGAAUCGUUAUUUUUAUCAUAAAAAUUCAUUGUUGGAUCAACUAGAAAGGUCAAGUAUACUCUCCUCAUAAUAGACAUUAUGAAUUAAUAACUGAUAGAAUGAUAAAUAUUAGAGUUUAUCUUUUGUUUUUUUUUUUUGUUUUAGGUGAUUUUCUUCUUUCAACAUCCUAUGAUCGAACAGUACGUUGUUGGGAUUUUUAUACAGGUGGUUGUUUACGUAUAUUUCGUGGUCAUCAUCAUGGUAUAUUACCAAUCAUAUUUAUUCCAUCAAAUAAUGAUACAAUUGAAAAUGAUUUUGAAGAAGAAAUGAAUAUUUAUACAAAAGAUAUUCUUAUAACUGGUUCACAAGAUACAACAGCUAAAAUAUGGUCAUUUGAAACUGGUGAAUGUUUAAAAACAUUAGAAGGUCAUAUUGGAGCUAUACUUUGUUUGGCAACAGAUAUACAAAAUAAAAUUUUAUUUACUGGUUCAGGUGAUGGUACAAUAAGAGUUUGGAAUAUAAAUCGUGGAAUUGAAUUACGUAUUUAUGAUCAACAUCAGGCAGCAAUUAUUAGUAUUCUUGUUACUAAUAAAUUACUCUAUUCAAUUAGUGCUGAUCAUACAGCACGUUGUUGGGUUAUUGAUGUUGGUGAUUGUACAAGAAUUUAUAAAGGACAUCAUCAUUCAGUAUCAUGUAUUCAAGUUGAACAUGGUCUUGUUUUUACUGGUUGUGGUGAUGCAAUUGUGCGAUGUUUUGAAGCACGUUCAGGUUUGAUCAAACGAGCUUUUAAAUCACAUGCACUUGCUAUCAAUUGUAUACAGAUAGUUGAUGAUCGAUUAUUUAGUGGAUCAGUUGAUGGUUCAUUAAAAGUAUGGAAUAUAAGUGAUCUUAAAGGAAAUAAUAUUCAAAAUUCGAAAACAAUAGUUAAAUCAAAGACGAUAAAUAUUGAUCGAAGUAGUAAAGAAAAUCGAUCAG